UUUUUCUGCCGGAUGAUGUCGAGUUUUUCCUGUGUUUUUCACGAAUUUCUGUUUUUUUACGCCUUUUCUGAGAUCUCUACAGGUACUUUGGAGAUUUAGGAGAAAGGAGACAUAGAGGGAGUUGCAUUUUUUUUAAUUGUCGAAGUUGCUCUAACACAGCAGGAGGAUGGCUAGUCGGGGCGUCUCUAAACCAACCCCUAACUCUACCCCUGGUUGGUCCGGCCGUGCUCCCACUCCUGACUUCAUCUCUCCCAGUACCCGCCACCAGCGAGGGGUGAUCGCCGGACAGUCCCCCAGAGUGAUGACACACGUACUAGAGAACGAUGACGCUGCUGAGAAACGGGAGAGGAGACGUUCCAGGGUCAUCGAGCUGACCAGAGGGGGGGUGGGGAGUCCCAUCUCUCCCAUGGACAGGAGAAAAUCGCUGGGAACAACACAGGGUGGACUCACAAAUGCACAACUUGCAGAUCACUACACUUCUUGUAUCAAGUUGUCUGCAGAAAAUAAAAUCAAUGUGAAGAAUGCGUUUGGCCUGCACCUGAUUGACUACAUGUCUCAUCUACUGAAGACCAAGAACAGGAAUGAAGUCACCAAUUUUCAGGUGGCAAGUUGUACCCUGGAUGCCAGUGCCAAAAUCUAUGCCUACCGUGUGGAUGCAGUUCAUGCUGAUGCCUUUAAAAUGCUUGGAGGGUUGGGACACACGGAAAACGCCAACAAAUCGCCAGCAGAAGGAGACUUACCAGAAGGAGAUGGAGAGGUGAAAGGGAAGAAACCUAAGAAGUCAGGAAUGUCUAUAACAACAGAGAACAACUUGAAGAAUAUCAAUGUCAACAAUUUUGACCUGGAAUUUGAGGUUGACCCUUUAUUCAAGAAGAUGUCAGCUACUUUUGAUGAAGGUGGGACCAGAGGCCUGCUUCUGAACCACCUCAGCUGUAUGGAUGACAACAUGGAGCUACUGUUCGAUGCCAAGUCUCUGGCCACGGCAACACUGGGGGAAAAGGUAGACGACACUGGCAGCACGGAGCAGGUUGAUCUUUCUGAAUUCUUACAACACCAGCACAAAGGAGUCCUGGAGAGGAUCAGCACAGCUGAAGUCUGUCCACCUUUUACUGACUUCAAGUUCAUGGAAUAUGAUCAGGACUUCUUUGGAGAGGUCAUGUCUAAGCAAGGGAAGGGAGAACAUGCCUUUGACCUAAACGCAGAAACUCAGCCCAUAGAAGAGGAAGGACCAGACUAUGACAUGGAUGGUGACGAUGAUGAUGGGUACCAUGGAGGGAUGGAUGGUGGAGAUGGGACCAUAAUGGAACAGUCCAUGCUCGUGGAGGGACAACCAACACGGAUGCUACAGGAUGCCAACACAAGCCGCCCACCCAUACUGGACGGCACAGUCGGCAGUCUGGUGUUGGCACUAGAGCCCAGCGAGUACUCCUACUUUGACUCCAAACUUCUCUCUCUGUGGGCCGGACCAGAACACUGGAAGUUGAAACCCAGAUCCAAAGAUGCUGGCAAAGAAGGUGGAGAUAAGAAAGCCAGACAAAAGAAAGAACCCUUUGUGCUGGUGUACCAAGACAUCGGGGAGGCAGAGUUUGAAAAACAGUUCAUUGAGACCAAAGUAGCCACCACCCUGACCAAAAAGACACUGGAUAAAUACAGCAAGGACAGCAAGGUUCUUCCACCUGACCUGAGUUACAGGGCUGAUGCUCUCUUCAGGCUGUUUGGGAAAGCUAGUGUCAUGGUGAAGAGGCAGGUGGAAGAGGACAGCCAGAUGGAUGAUGGGAUAGAAAACUACGACUACAACAACCGUAAUGACUGUGCCAACUACUGUCCAGGGCUGGAGGGUGGAGAUGACAGUGAUAAUGAGAGUGCAGGGUUCCAGGAUUUCAGCCAGGCGUCAUCACACUUCAACUUCAGCCAUGACACCACCAUCCAGGGGAACAUGUCCUGUAACGCCAGCAUGCUGGAGUCACAGAUGGGACCAGACGGUCUGGUGCAGGCACCUCGCAAGGUGGCCAAGAUAGACAUAGACUAUGCACGACAGGCCAAGCGCAUCGAUGUGAGGAAACUCAAGGGUACCAUGUGGAACUGGCUUAUCAAACCACAUGCACCAGAGGACCCUGGACACAGUGCAGAAGAAGAGGCUGUAUCCGGAGAACAGACCUUCACUGAACUCAUGCAGGAGCUGCCCACCAUGGUGUCAGGUCAGACAGCCAAAAAUCUGUCUGUGCCAAUCGCAUUUGUCUGUCUACUGCAUCUGGCCAAUGAAAAGUGUCUGCAGAUAGAUGGAAAUGCUGACUUGUCAGAGCUGACAGUGGCCCAGGGGGUCUGACCACACCCACCCUUCGGUUCUUUGUGUCACCGUUUGGACUGGAAUUAACUAAUCAUGCAAAAGAUUUUACAAAAUGGAUUGUAUAUAAUGACAAGCCUAGUUCAACAAGUGCCUAGCCAAAUAAACUUUGUAUAGAAUUAGUUGUUGUAGCCAAGACACCACAAUUUUUAGAUUUGUUGCUGCAUGAUUUUAGAGUUUCCUUCUGCUAUGUCUGAGAUGAGCAAAUACAUUGUACAAACUAGUAGUCUCGGAAAAUAUGAUGAUAUGCACGUUUAUUACCUCCAUACAUGUCUUUUGAGAUGGCAUUUUUCUGUGUGUUACCUACUAAAAUAACUCCAGAGAAGCAGUAGUGAUUACUAUUAUACAUGUAUUUGGUGUGUUGAUAGGCUGUGACGAAAUCUGGAAGUGAUAAGAUUUAUGGUCCUUGAACUCUCCAGUAAUACAUGUGUGUAUCAUUAUUUUUUAUCCAAAGCUACACAACCUAAUAGCCGAUGUAGUGAAAACUAGUUUCUGCUUUGGCUUCCUGUGCUGACUAAGGUACAAACAGAUCUUUCUGCGUGCACAAAACAUUUUAGGCACAUCUUAUGACACUAAAUACAUUUGGUACGGUAAAUCUUGGACUUCAUACUCUCCAAGCAGAGGUCUGGGUUUAUUUUGGCGUGUUUUUAGGUUUUUUUAUUGGGGUUUCUUUUUUGCACAGGAAUUUUUUUGGG